GAUGCCUGCGUAGGCGGCGCAGUCGUCAUGCCGGCCUUGCGUGGCCGACGGUGCCGAACCGCCGAGAGUGACCGGCACAGCGCUAGUAUGCCAUGAGCGAGGACUUGGAGGCUGCCCUGCCGCCUACAGACGCAGAGGGACAGAACUGCAUCAGCUACGGAAACCCGUUGCAGUCGCGCUACACCAAGAUCUCGGAGCGCAUUCGACGCAGCGCACCAGGGGAGUUCCAGUGUCAGGUGUUUUGCGGCGGCGCCCACUGCAAGUACGAGGCGGGCGCUGAUUGGCCGGCGCAGGACUGCGCCAUUACUGGCCUCUACUCUCAUUGGAUCACGGACGACAUCCUGGCGAUGGCGAGACCGAACACGGAGGCCAUCUUGCGCUACAACAUCAUCCAACAGUUCAACGACCACGGCAUUCGGUCCAUCUUCAACCUGCAGCUGCCCGGCGAGCACGCCCACUGCGGUAACCCGCUCGAGAGUGGAGGCUUCUCGUACGACCCGCAGGACUUCAUGGACAACGGAGUCUUCUUCUACAACUUCGGAUGGCGUGACUACGGCACCCCGAGCAGCCUGGCGCUGCUGGACAUGGUGAAGGUGAUGGCGUUCGCCCUGACCGAGGGCAAGGUGGCCGUCCACUGCCACGCGGGGCUCGGCAGGACGGGCGUCCUGGUGGCCAGCUACCUGGUGUUCGCGCUGCGCUGCCGGCCCAACGAUGCCGUGCGCUUCGUGCGAAUCAAGCGGCGCGGCUCGGUGCAGACGCAGAGCCAGAUCGACUGCGUCCAGAAGUUCGCGCAGUUCGUGCUGCCGCUGCUCGUCGUCUACCCCAUCGUGCCUGCCAAGGCUACAGAUUUCACCCUCAUUCAGUACCUAGCCAAACAGCGAAAAGUCAUGCAUGGCACAGAGGCGAGGCAUCUGAGGUACAUUCCAAAGAUCUUGUACGCGCUCUGCGAGAGGCUGCUCAGGCUGAGUCAGUCCAAGGGAACGCUCAGCACGAGCAGCGUGAAGAGUUCAUCGAGCAGCAGCAUCAGCAGCCGGAGCAGCACGACGGCCGGCUCCACGUCCAGCACGGCCAGCACGGCGCGGUGUCCCAGCUUCGAGCUGACGGAGCUGGACCCCUUCUGGAACUACUUCCUCUCUUCGACCGUGAGCCACGACCGAUGGCGGCCCACGGCGCUGAGCGAGCGGGGCGACUCCGCUGCCACGAGCGGCUGCUCCGUGACGACGAGCGCCGAGGACAUCCUCACCCCGUCUCCCGACGACGUCGAUGACGACGACGACGACGAAGAACGGUCGGACACGGACGCUGUCCUGGACUCCCUCUUGAUCGCCGGCCUCGCCGGUCUCUUCGCGUCGACGCCCAACAGCCCCGAGUUCAGCAGCUACGAGGACGAAGAGUUCGAGGCGAGCGAAGUGGGCGGCAGCAGUCAGGACGACGACACCCUGACCGAGAACGCCUGCUUCAAGGAGUUGUCGUCGCAGAAGGAGCUACGGGCACGACGAGAAGAUGAAGCGGGGUGCUCGUCGGUUGCUCUGUCUCCGUCGGACGUAGCCUCGGCGCUACUUCUGGAGCACAAGCUCCUGGGAGCCGCAUUCCUGGCUCGGCUGCGGAAGUACCAGCGCGAGCUGAACACCAGGGGCGCUGCGUGGGACAAGCUGAGCGUAGAAGAAGACCCCGUGAUCUUGGCGGGCCUUCUCUGGUUCUGGCUGGACGAACUGAAGGAGCCCGUGCUGAGCAAGCAGGAUUUGACGUCGGUCGUCGUACGGUCGACGAACCCCGUCGCUGUUCUUCAGAAGCUGAACAAGGCAACCCGCUUCACGACCGAGUACCUCGUGAGGUUCGUGGCACGGCUGAACCUGCCCACGCAAGCGGAGAGGCGCAACGUGAUACGACGGCUGACGAGCGCGCUCUGCCACCAGACCCUGUCCAUCGACGGCAUCCAGCGUCCGGCCGUGGCCGGCUGGGCCAAGAUGCGCACCGGCACGGCCGCGCGGGCCACCGAGUUCAUGGAGGUGCUACACGACGCUGUGAUCGGGGACCCGCCCUCCGUGAGCCAUGCCACGCCCACGCAGAAGCAGAACGGGACUCUCACCAACGGUGCUUCCACUUCCACGGACAAAAACUUUCGCGGAAUCAACAUCAUGGCGUCGGCGAUCGCCAGGUAGCGGCGGACGGCUUCGCACUCCCAUGCACGGUUAGCUGAAACGGGCCAAGCUUUCGCGAACUUUCGAACUUUCGCAACUGUCGAACUUUCGCGCUUCUGGUUGAAAGAUCGAAGCG